GGGCCGGGCCGGGGCUGCGGGGCGAGCAGCGCGGCGGGGAUCCAGCGGCGCGGCCCGGGACAGUGAGGCUCAGCACGGCGAUGGCAGCGCGCUCGGCGCAGAUAGAGCUGUGACCUGGCCCUGCUCGCAGCUGUUGAGCCUGUCCACCAUGGCGAGCCCCACUCUGAGCCCCGACUCCUCAUCCCAGGAGGCCCUGUCGGCUCCCACCUGCUCUCCCACCUCUGACUCUGAGAACCUCAGCCCCGAUGAGCUGGAGCUGCUGGCCAAGCUUGAAGAGCAGAACCGGCUCCUGGAAGCCGACUCCAAGUCCAUGCGCUCCAUGAACGGCUCCCGGCGGAACAGCGGCUCCUCGCUGGUGUCCAGCUCCUCGGCCUCCUCCAACCUGAGCCACCUGGAGGAGGACACGUGGAUCCUGUGGGGCCGGAUCGCCAACGAGUGGGAGGAGUGGCGGCGCAGGAAAGAGAAGCUGCUGAAGGAGCUGAUCCGCAAGGGCAUCCCACACCACUUCCGGGCCAUCGUGUGGCAGCUCCUGUGCAGUGCCACAGACAUGCCAGUCAAGAACCAGUACUCGGAGCUACUCAAGAUGUCCUCGCCGUGUGAGAAGCUGAUCCGCAGGGACAUUGCCCGCACCUACCCAGAGCACGAGUUCUUCAAGGGCCAGGACAGCCUGGGCCAGGAGGUCCUCUUCAACGUCAUGAAGGCUUACUCCCUGGUGGACAGGGAGGUGGGCUACUGCCAGGGCAGCGCCUUCAUCGUGGGCCUGCUCCUCAUGCAGAUGCCUGAGGAGGAAGCCUUCUGUGUAUUCGUGCGGCUGAUGCAGGAGUACCGCCUGAGGGAGCUCUUCAAGCCCAGCAUGGCGGAACUGGGGCUCUGCAUCUACCAGUUCGAGUACAUGCUACAGGAGCAGCUCCCAGAUCUGAACACCCACUUCCGCUCCCAGAGCUUCCACACGUCCAUGUAUGCCUCGUCCUGGUUUCUCACGCUCUUCCUGACCACUUUCCCGCUACCUGUUGCCACCCGUGUCUUCGACAUCUUCAUGUACGAGGGCCUGGAGAUUGUGUUCCGGGUGGGCCUUGCCCUGCUGCAGGUGAACCAGACAGAGCUGAUGCAGCUGGACAUGGAGGGGAUGUCCCAGUACUUCCAGAGGGUGAUCCCCCACCAGUUCGACAGCUGCCCAGACAAGCUGAUCCUCAAGGCUUACCAGGUCAAGUACAACCCCAAGAAGAUGAAGAGGCUGGAGAAGGAGUAUGCAGCCAUGAAGAGCAAGGAGAUGGAGGAGCAGAUUGAGAUCAAAAGGCUUCGGACGGAGAACCGGCUCCUGAAACAACGGAUCGAGACCCUGGAGAAGGGGCAGGUGACGCGGGCGCAGGAGGCCGAGGAGAACUAUGUCAUUAAGCGGGAGUUGGCCGUCGUGCGGCAGCAGUGCAGCUCAGCGGCCGAGGACCUGCAGAAGGCCCAGAGCACCAUCCGGCAGCUUCAGGAGCAGCAGGACAACCCGCGCCUCACCGAGGACUUCGUGGCCCACCUGGAGACUGAGCUGGAACAGUCGAGGCUACGGGAGACCGAGACGCUGGGGGCUCUGCGGGAGAUGCAGGACAAGGUUCUAGACAUGGAGAAGAGGAACAGCUCGCUGCCCGACGAGAACAACGUGGCACGGCUGCAGGAGGAGCUGAAGGCACUCAAGGUGCGGGAGGGCGAGGCCGUGGCCUCGGCGCGGGAGCUGAAGCUGCAGCUGCAGGAGCUCUCGGACACCUGGCAGGCCCACCUGUCCCGCGGCGGCCGCUGGAAGGAGUCCCCGCGGAAGCUGGUCCUGGGCGAGCUGCAGGACGAGCUGAUGAGCGUGCGUCUGCGCGAGGCCCAGGCUCUGGCCGAGGGUCGCGAGCUGCGGCAGCGCGUGGUGGAACUCGAGACGCAGGACCACAUCCACCGCAACCUGCUGAACCGCGUGGAGGCGGAGCGCGCGGCGCUGCAGGAGAAGCUGCAGUACCUGGCGGCGCAGAACAAGGGGCUGCAGACGCAGCUCAGCGAAAGCCGCCGCAAGCAGGCCGAGGCCGAGUGCAAGAGCAAGGAGGAGGUGAUGGCCGUGCGCCUGCGGGAGGCGGACAGCAUGGCGGCGGUGGCCGAGAUGCGGCAGCGCAUCGCCGAGCUGGAGAUCCAGAGGGAGGAGGGCCGCAUCCAGGGCCAACUGAACCACUCGGACUCGUCGCAGUACAUCCGCGAGCUCAAGGACCAGAUCGAGGAGCUGAAGGCCGAGGUGCGGCUGCUGAAAGGCCCACCGCCCUUCGAGGACCCGCUGGCCUUCGACGGGUUGGGCCUGGCGCGGCACCUGGAUGAGGACUCGCUGCCGUCGUCGGACGAGGAGCUGCUCGGCGUGGGUGUGGGCGUGGGCGCGGCGCUGCAGGACGCGCUCUACCCACUGUCCCCGCGCGACGCGCGCUUCUUCCGCCGUCUGGAGCGGCCGGCCAAGGACAGCGAGGGCAGCUCAGACAGCGACGCCGACGAGCUGACCGCGCCCUAUAGCCAGGGCCUGGACAACUGAGGCCGUGCCCUGCGUGCGGGAGCCAGGGGGCCAGCGCCGGCUCCUCCGCAGGUGGCCGCACCUGAUAAACUCCACGCGCUCCGCGGUCCCGCCCACCGAAGGGCCAGGCCCAGAGCGGCGGGGCGCAGAGGGUAGGGCCGCGGUCUGAGGAUCCUCAGGGUCCCCCCGGCAGGCCCGCUCUCCCCAGCAGUGUUUAUCCAUCUUGGUCUGUACCCCUCUGGGCCCGGUUCCCUGGAGGGUCUGCCCCUCUUAACAGCCAGGGCAGGGGAUGACCCAGAGGUCCCAGGACUGGAUGAGCAGGAAGCUCCCUCCUCCCAGCAGUCCCCCUUCUGGGACAAGGGUGGCCUUGCUGGGAAGGGCCCAGGAGCUAAAGGAGGCCUAAGGAAGAAGGGGCAGCUCUGGGCUGGAAGUUACCGCCCCAUGAUGCCCCUGGGGA